UGCAGCUUUCUUGAAAUGACUUACAAAAUGUUGGCAAAUAGCUCUUUGUUUUCUCUAUAGAAAUAUUGGAAGUUCAUGAAGGAAAAAGCACCCAGUGCAGCCUGGUGAGGCUGGGGCAGGUUGGGGGCAGGUUCUGACACCAGGACUCCUGCUCCCCUCUCCCCAGAGCCGUCCUGCUUCCCUCUUCCUGGAACUAUCCUGCUUCCCAGCGAAGAUGUCAGGGUGGAGCAAUGGAAGCUCUAAUGUGUCCUACACCAGCUUCCUCCUGUUGGGCUUCCCAGGGCUGCAGGAAUCCCAUGCCUUCCUGGUGUUGCCCUUCCUCAGCCUCUACCUGUUGAUCGUCUCUGCCAAUGCCCUGAUCAUCCACACAGUGGCCACCCAGCAGAGCCUGCACCAGCCCAUGUACACACUCAUCGCCCUGCUCCUGGCUGUCAAUGUCUGUGCCGCCACCACCGUGGUGCCCACCAUGCUGUUCAGUUUCUCCACCCACUUCAACCGCAUCUCCCUGCCUCGCUGCCUGUUCCAAAUGUUCUGCAUCUACUUCCUUAUUGUCUUUGACUGCAACAUCCUCCUGGUCAUGGCCUUGGACCGCUAUGUUGCCAUCUGUAACCCGCUCCGCUACCCAGAAAUCAUAACCACCCCGUUGUUGACUGGCCUGGUUGGGGUGGCAGCUGCCAGGAGCACGUGCAUCGUUGCUCCAGUGGUGGGACUGGCCUCCCGGGUUCACUUUUGCCGCUCAGAUGUGAUCCACCACUUUGCCUGUGAGCACAUGGCUCUGAUGAAGCUCUCCUGUGGGGACAUCUCUCUGAACAAGACUGUGGGGCUCACUGUCCGCAUCUUCAACAGAGUCCUGGACAUGGUCCUCCUUGGUGCCUCCUAUUCCCGCAUCAUCCAUGCUGCCUUCCGAAUUUCAUCAGGUGGAGCACGUUCCAAGGCCCUGAACACCUGCAGCUCCCACCUGCUGGUCAUCUUCACUGUCUACUCCUCCACCAUGUCCUCAUCUAUUGUCUACCGUGUGGCCCACACUGCCUCCCAGGAUGUGCACAACCUGCUCAGUGCCUUCUACCUGCUGCUCCCAUGUCUGGUCAACCCCGUCAUCUAUGGGGUCAGAACCAAGGAAAUCAGGCAGCACCUGGGAACUCUGUUCCAAAGAGCACAGCUACAGGUCCCCACUGAGAAGCCCCAGAACCUGCUCUCACGUAAGAAGUUUCCUGCCUGA